AGCAGGUCUGGGGUUUCUCAGCAUCCUCAGAAGGCAGGAAGCCAGGACACUUUCCUAGUGAUAUCGCACUGAUGAACAACUCAAGACUAGGACUUUGAGCAGAUCCCUUUGCGGUUUACACCUGGAAUAACUGCUCGUAGUAGUUACAUCCACUCGCGGCUCUUCCAGAGGGUAGGGGCUCAGUUCCCCGCACUGUGUCAGGAGGCUUACACCCUGUAUCUUGGUUACAGUGCAGCCAUUGUCCUCUCUUGGCCUUCACGUGUGCGUUGGUACAUACGAUGUGCUCGUGACUAACCCCUAAGAAAACAGAUCUUUUCCUCUGAGACCUCCUAUUAGCACUCUAGCACCAGCAAGAACGGGCCGCCCUUGGACUGUGCCGUGACUCACCCCUCCCUCCGCGGAGAGAGAGAGAGAGAGCCCCUUGAGGCUGUGGAAGCAGCGCCUCUGUGCCCUUCUGUUCUGGCGCUACAUACGCCACUGAUUUCUCCCUGAAGCAACGUGGUUUCUGUUCCAAAGACGGUCACUGGGGUCCGGGAGAAGCAGUGAUGUACGCGGCGGAUAGACGCUCACGGUGAGAGAGCACCGGCUAGCAACGUUUCACGCGCGCGUGAAUGUUUAUUUCCUCGGGUCCUGGGCACCGUGGGGACUCUUUUUAGGAGCGCUAACCCGGUGCCACUUCGACCCACCGCGCUCACGGCAUCCCUAAUUGACAGGUCACAGAUACUCUAGGCAGGAGCGCCGCCCCUGCUCAGAUGUGCGCCUGUCGCCUUUGAGGUCUCUAUCUUCACCCCCCUCGGACUCAGGAUGUGUCGGGGUGGCUUUGCGGAGCGCCGGGCUGGGCUGUUUGACCAACCUGGAGUAAGGUCUAGCACAUAGCAGGGGUGGUAAACAGCGCCUUUGAUGGUGACAGGAGCACAGCGGGCCGGGCUCAGCGCGGGGAGGGGGUGGGGGUGGCACCCGAGAGACCCAGGCGCUCCUGGGGGGCAUUCGACCCCGAAGAAGGGGGCUCCGUCCAAAGCUGGCUCGCCCCCGAGGCGGCCCCUCCGCAGCAGAGCGGUUCUAGGCAUGUGGAUUGGUGGCCGGACCGGCCAGCGCAUGGGCGGGGAAGGGACGGAGCGGCUGGGACUCGAGUUCGCGCCCCCCUCCCUCCGUCCCCUGGUCAGCGGAAGCGAUUAUUCCGGCGGGCGUCUGGCAGGGCUUGGGCGGGCUCGCGCCCCGAGGAGACGCGGCUUCCCCCGCACCCACGCCUUUGAUGGCGCCGCCGCCCCCCUCCCCGGCCCCGGGCCGCUAUAACUGCAGGCGAGCGGGGGUCGCGGGCAGCCUCCGGGAGCCAUGGCCGCCGCAGGGUCCCAGCAGCUCCAGUUCGCGGAGGGCGCCGCUUUCCCCGCCUUCCCCGACGCGCACCCCGGAGGGCCGCUGCUCCCGUCCGCCCGGCUGCCCCCGGCGGCCCCCGGCCCCCGCGCCCCAGCGGCCACGCCGUGCUUUCCGGGCCGGGGCCCCGGACCCGCGGCGCAGACCCCCGCCGGCCUGGAUCCGCCCGGAGCCCCCAAAGGCGCGGCCGCCCCGUCGGCGCCGCAGCGGCGCAAGCGCACGGCGUUCAGCUCCGAGCAGCUGCAGUUGCUGGAGCUCGUCUUCCGCCAGACCAUGUACCCCGACAUCCACUUGCGGGAGCGCCUGGCUGCGCUCACGCUGCUCCCCGAGUCCAGGAUCCAGGUGUGGUUCCAGAACCGACGGGCCAAGUCCAGGCGCCAGAGUGGGAAGUCGUUUCCGCCCUUCUCCUCACAGCGACAAGUUUUCCUCCAUCGCUCUGCCCCUGGAACUGAAGCAAGAAGUUUGAAGCCACAGCUGCCUCUGGAGACAGAUGUGAACUGCCUCCCCGAUCCCAGCAGGGCCGGGGGUGGAGUCUGCGUACCGGGUUCCCAAGGUCAGAGUUUUGAGAAUUAUUCGCCCCUCUCUGAAGAUACCGGCUCAAAGUUGGACUCGUGGGAGGAGCACAUCUUUUCUGCCUUAGGUAACUUUUGAGGAUUCUGGGCGAGGUCAGGAUGCAUCUGACCGGCCACGGCCUUGCUAACUAACGUUGAUGAUGGACCGGGAUCUUCUCUCGAGUGCAGGUCUCUCCUCUGCCACACUGAGCCUUUACCGGUGGCCUGCUCUCUGGGGCCACCCACCUCCCACCCAGAAGGCCCCGUGCCUCUCCAAGGCUGCACGUUUAACUUGUCCACACCCCCUGGGCCUUCUCACGAGGGCUAUUCCUAUUUUCUUCAGACGGAUUGUUCAGAACAUGUUUUCUUCGCAAGAGACGUCAGUUUGACUCAGUUUCCCUUUUCUCGGCAGAUGCUGUCUUCUCGUGGUCCUUCUAGGGCCUACAACCUAGAUUUCAUGCACUCUAACCCGAAUCCUGGGCUCUAACCUUAUCACCAAGAUUUAUCACCUUUUUUUUUUUAACCAAAUCCUUGUUUUGUUGUUGAUCCUACUGUGUAACUGAGGCUGACCUUGACCUCCCAGUGCUGAGAUUACACGUGUGUGCCACCAUGACUAGACGCUUCUGUUUUGUUUAAAAUUGUCUAUGAUGUACAACAUAUAUAUCCAAACCGAGCUGUUUAACACAUGCAUGACCUCAGUCACCUUUUUUUCUGUAAUGACACGUAAAAUCUAUUAUUUUAGCAACUUUAAAGUAUAUGAAAUAUACUAUGAAAUACAUUUCAA